UUGUUAUUGAAGCCAGUUUGACAUAGGUACUAAUUGUUGCUGCAGCUGCACCCAAACAAGACUUUCUGUCGUAUCACCCAGUCACUGGUGCUCACUGCUGCCAUUAAAAUAUCCCAACGUCUGAACUUGGCUGAUUCCGUGAGUCUUCUGUCGUCACAAACAACGAGAGAAGCACCAAGAGAGCACAGCUAUGUGCAGCUGUGUGCGGAGCUCCAGGGCUUUGUCCCCUGUCCUGCUCCCCAGGCUCCUACUUCCCCACACGGGGUACAGAUUGGCCGGCAGGGCCCUCUGGACGUCACCCCACUGCUUGGCUGUCAGUGUAGACUCUCCGCCGCUCCCACUGCCAAGCCAGGCCCGGGUGGUUAUCUGUGGAGGAGGUAUUGUGGGAACAUCAGUCGCUUACCACCUUGCCAAACUGGGCUGGACUGACAUUGUGCUUCUGGAGCAGGGCAGACUCGGUGCAGGAACAACCAGACUAUGUGCUGGCAUUGUCAGCGUGGCCAAGCCUAUUUCUAUUGAGUGUCAGAUGGCCAACUACUCCAAUAGUCUAUAUCAGAAGCUGGAGGAGGAGACAGGGAUCAAAACAGGCUAUGUGAAGACAGGGUCUUUGUGUCUGGCUCAAAAUCAGGAUCGCUUCAUCUCUCUGAAGCGCCUGGCAUCCCGACUAAAGGUCAUGGGGAUAAGCUGUAACAUCAUUAAACCUAAGGAGGUGGCCAAACUUCACCCUCUUAUUAACAUCCAUGACCUGGUAGGGGCACUCCACCUCCCUGCAGAUGCUGUCGUGUCUCCAACUGAAGUUAACCAUGCCUUGGCUGUGGCUGCUGCUGGACAAGGGGUUCAGAUCCUGGAGCGGACCAGUGUUCAGCAGGUUCUGGUGGAGAAGGGUCAUGUGAUGGCAGUGGAGACUGACCGGGGCUCCAUUGAGUGUGAAUAUUUCGUCAACUGUGCUGGACAGUGGGCCUACGAGCUGGGCCAGGCUAGUGAGAUGAAGGUGUCGGUUCCUCUUCAUGGCUGUGAACACUUCUACCUCCUCACAAAACCUCUCCAGGAGCCACUUUCACCCAGCACUCCAGUGGUGAUUGAUAUGGAUGGCAGGAUAUAUGCUCGGCCAUGGCAGGGAGGUGUUCUAUCGGGGGGCUUUGAGAAGAACCCCAAACCCAUCUUCACUGAGGGCCGCAACCAGCUGGAAAUCCAGAACAUGCAGGAGGACUGGGACCACUUUGAGCCAAUGCUCAGUGCUCUGCUGAGGAGAAUGCCUAGUCUAGAGUCAGCUGAGAUCCAUCAGCUGGUCAACUGUCCGGAGUCCUUCACCCCGGAUAUGCGCUGUCUCAUGGGGGAGACGCCGGGUGUCUCUGGCUACUACGUGCUGGCGGGGAUGAACUCCUCUGGUCUGGCUUUCGCUGGAGGAGCUGGCAAGUACCUGGCAGAGUGGAUGACCUAUGGCUACCCCACUGCCAACGUCUGGCCACUGGACAUCAAACGCUUUGGUAACCUUCAGAGUAGCCGAACCUUCCUGAGGCACAGAGUAAUGGAAGUCAUGCCCCUGCUGUAUGAACUGAAGGUUCCUCGCUGGGACUUCCAGACUGGGCGUCAGCUAAGGACCAGUCCUCUGUAUGACCGUCUGGACACCCAGGGAGCUCGCUGGAUGGAGAAACAUGGCUUUGAAAGGCCCAAAUACUUUGUUCCUCCAGGGAAAGAUCUGCUAUCUCUGGACCAGAGUAAGACCUUCUACAAACCAGACUGGUUUGACAUCGUUGGAGCAGAAGUGAAAUGCUGCAAAGAGGCCGUCUGUGUCAUUGACAUGUCCUCCUUCACUAAGUUUGAACUGGCUUCGACAGGAGAUCAGGCCCUGGAGCUGCUGCAACAUCUGUGUGCCAAUGACCUGGAUGUUCCUGUUGGACACAUCAUCCACACCGGCAUGUUGAAUGAGAGGGGAGGCUAUGAGAACGACUGCAGUGUGGUCCGCCUCAGCAAGAACAGCUUUUUCAUCAUCUCCCCGACAGACCAGCAGGUCCACUGUUGGUCCUGGAUUAAGAAACACAUGCCCAAUGACCCACACCUCCACCUAGAGGAUGUCAGCUGGAAGUACACAGCUUUAAAUAUUAUUGGACCCCGUGCAAUGGAUGUUUUGGCAGAGCUGUCAUAUGUUUCCAUGACACCCGACCACUUCCCCUCCAUGUUCUGUAAGGAGAUGAGUGUGGGCUAUGCCAACGGGAUCAGAGUGAUGAGUAUGACUCACACUGGGGAGCCCGGUUUCAUGCUCUACAUCCCCAUAGAGUAUGCACUGCAUGUGUACAACGAGGUGAUGUCCGUGGGUCAGAAGUACGGGAUUCGUAAUGCGGGGUACUACGCGCUGCGCAGCCUACGCAUAGAGAAGUUCUUUGCCUUCUGGGGUCAGGACCUCGAUGCUUUCACCACCCCUCUGGAGUGUGGACGAGAGUUCAGGGUUAAGUUUGACACGGACACCGAUUUCCUUGGUCGUGAGGCGUUGCUGCAGCAGCGUCACGAUGGUGUCUUUCGGCGGUUCGUCAUGCUGGUUCUAGAAGAUCAUGACACUGAGCUGGACCUGUGGCCGUGGUGGGGGGAGCCCAUCUACUGUAACAGUCAGCUGGCCGGGACGACCACCAGCAGCGCCUACAGCUACACCCUGGAGCGCCACGUCUGCCUUGGCUUUGUAUCCCCGCCGCCAGGCCCAGAGGGGCUCCCCACACCCAUCACCCCAGACUUCAUCAACCGUGGGGACUAUGAGGUGGACAUUGCUGGCCAGCGCUACCCAGCCAAAGCCAAACUCUACCCCUUUAGCUCCCUCUUCACCCAACAAAAACGCCGCAAGGAAGACAUGGAGCUCAGCAACCUCCAGGGGAAGUGAUAGAAAACCCUCCACUCGCCUCAGCAGGGGCUUUUCUGAUACUCCUUCACUUCACCAGAUCCACUCCUGCCCUUACCUUGCAGCGCCAACCUAUCUUCCCUUUUCUGGCUCCUAAUGAGAGGGCUGUCUGCACGAUCACUCCUUGUCCUUCUAAUAUUGAACUUCCACAUUGCAUCUCCCUCCUUCAAAGUGCAAUAUUUAACAGGCACCAAAGGCUUGAGCUGUAUCAAAUACAGAGCUCCUUUGUCAUUAAAUUCUGCAGUUUGUUUUUCAGCCCCACACUCCUUUACACUCAAACAGUACACGCAGUCUCAAAGGCUGGUUUACUGGGACAGUCUGCAGUUACGUGCCAUUGUCAAGGCAACAUAAACACUAGCUAUUGAGAACUUUUUCACUUUGUUCACUUUAACCCAUCCAGAAGGGAAUUAGACCGACAAUCUUCUCCAGUAGCGUUCAGUCACUGUAACAUUUCAAACUGCACAGUCCAGAAGAUUCUGAAAGAAAUUCAGUGCUGAUGUGCAAAUGCCUACAUAAUCAGUGUAGAUGUUGACUCCGAUGUUGAAAUGUGUUACAGUUUUCAGAUUGUAAUGCCUGUGAUGAUACUUAAAUAUAAAAGUGUAUAUAUAUGUACACAGUAUAUAUAUGUGUAUAUAUGUAUAUAUACAUAUAUACAUAUAUAUAAACCAUUUGUUUUGUGUGCCGCCCAUUACUGCUCUUCCAAUCCUGUUGAAAAGGCUUCCCAGGCUGUCCUAAAAGCCUCAAACUACAUUUUUUCGAUUUUCAUCAUCAACUUUCAGCUGUUCUGGUGUUAUUUUGUCUGUGUAUCAGACUCUUAGAAAUGUAUUUGCAGUAACAUAAUCCAACCUGUUAUUUAUGUUUUGUGUUCGUUUGGAAUCCGCAUUGCUCUUCUGAUGCUCAAGUUUUGUUUUAAUUAUGUGUUGUUGAAUGUGUGGCUGAUGUUAGGUGACCCAUAGAUGAGGGAAGCUAGGGUCGGAAAGCUGCGACUGGAGCUGGAAUCCCAGACCUGUUGGUUGGAAUCCACGAUAUCUCACAUGGGUGAUUUGAGUUUUGACUGAUCCAGAGUUUAGAUGUUUGUUUAAAGGAAGGACUUCAUUGCAAUUUGAAAUAAAGCAAUGUAUUUUUGUAUAGCUAGUGUGUUUAAAAUCUAUUUUCUGUACUGGACAUUUUUUCAACAUCAGUUUUAGGUUAAGAGCUACAGAGCAGCUGGCCUGGAGCUGGUAGGGAUUUUAGUGUGUUGCUCAAAGAAACUUCAGCAGCAUUGUUGUUAAGAACAACCUUCAGAUACUGUUUCAUUAGUGUGUGGGUCAACAGGCUCUGCACCAAACUGCAUGUUCACCUGAUGGGAAUCGGAGUUAGUUUGACUGGCUAAAUGAAAGCAAAAGUUAUUUGGUUGAAAAAUUACAGAUCAGUCCUUUCAGUAUUUGUUCAGUUUAAAGACAAAAUGUAUUUCUUUUUUCUGAAAAUGCUCUUGAUCUUGAGUAGCAGCAGCACCGGUUUGAUUUACUUGGGGGCCGUCUGAAGGAUUUUUAUCUCUGAGGAAAGAAAAUUGCAGUACCUUUCAGUUUGGAUAUUGCAGAAAGCAGCUGCUGCGCUGACAAAACAAGAAUACAGAGGGCCCCAUUCAAUUUUCAUACUUGUUUUAUUUAGCUUGCGUAUUACUCUUUUGCUUAUAUCUCAGGCUUUUCUACCGCAAAGGAUUUACUACAUGAGGAUAAAUCCAUAAAAUGCUCUGUGUGCAGUUACCAUUAAUGAGUUCUUGUUCAGAAAUCUCUUUUGCAGCAGACGAGAGGAGCCAGUCUUGACAGCAGGACAACAAAAGUGCAGUUCCGUACAUUUUACAUACAUGGCUGCCGCACGACUGCUACUGUUUGGGUCAGACAGGGUGCAGGAUAAAUUGCGUGUGCAGUGGCUAUCACUGUUCAACUCAAACCAGCUGCAACGGGGUCAGGCGUUGCUCAUAAAGGGCUAGUUUUUCUUCAUGUGUGCACCUACGUUUGUAAAAAGGCGUUAAGAUUAAAUGAAGCAUUUGCAUGUGAGGAUGCAGUGAAUUACCAUCAGUCUGUGUAUCAGUACAGUCUCGAUUCAGCCAGUUUCAGUGCUGUCUCUAUGGUGUUCUGGCCCUGAUCUCUGUCGUAGAACCAGCUUCUCUUAAGCAGUGGUACCCUGCUUUGGCUUGAUGUGAUUCACCUCUUUUACACCAACUUCUAACAUUAGACUAGAAGGCUAGUCUAAUGUUGUAAUAUAUCAUUUCCAAAAACUCUGUUCAGUUCAUAUCAUUAUUUUAUAAAUAGGGCUCCAUAAAUAAUUAAUCACAGCUCAACCAAAGGAGCUUGUAAUUAAACAUCAUAGCCAAACGUCCGGUAGUUUGUUGAGGGGACACACUCUGCUGCAAAAACCACUGCUUUGCUGUACUCAUCACAUGACCUGUUAGUCAUUUCAGCUGUCGUGAUUUCUUUUUUUAAAGUGCCUGCAUGGGCACUUGCAUGGUAAAAGGGAAAUGGUGUCAGACAGUUGCACUUAACAUCUGACAACCCAGUUUUUUUUCCUUAUGGGGUCACGAGGUUUCUAUACAGGUUUGGAAUAAGUUACUUGGAUUUCAAAGGUUUAAAAAAAAAACUGGAGCGCUGUAAUCAUAUUUGAAGUACGACAUACUGUACUUCAUCCAAAAAAAAUAAGAUGUAAAACAGGAGAUGGUAAGAAUGGAAGUCCAGAACAGUACUGCACAUGAACGGAAGUCUGUUCUGUCUUUGACUGUAGUGUUUUCUGUCUCAAAUGCAGAUAGUGGUUUGAUGCAUGUUUGUCUGUUAUUUAAUGUUCUAAUUUGAACAGUUGUCAUACUACCCAUCUGUAAAUACCUAUUUUUCCCCCCAGAGCUUUACAACUAUUGUAUUUAUAUCAUGUUAAACAGAUGUUUGGCUCGCUAAUGUAAAAUAUAAAGAGAACUUUGUUCAUACCAGAA